AUGUCGGAAAAGUCAGGCCAGAGUACAAAAGCAAAGGAUGGAAAAACAAAGUAUGCAACACUCAGUCUGUUUAAUACUUACAAGGGAAAGUCACUGGAAACUCAGAAAACCACAGUUGCCGCACGCCAUGGAUUACAGAGUCUUGGAAAAGUUGCUAUUUCAAGGAGGAUGCCUCCCCCAGCUAACCUCCCCAGUCUCAAAGCAGAGAACAAAGGCAAUGACCCUAACGUGAACAUUGUGCCUAAAGACGGUACAGGAUGGGCUUCGAAACAAGAACAGCACGAGGAGGAAAAACAGCCAGACGUGCCGCAGACACAGCCAAAACCUGCUGUUCCUGCUCCUCCAGAAGCAGCUCCUGUUGCCAAAUCGUGGGCCAACACCAAACCAGGCGGACAAGAUGCUAUUCCGGUAAAUAGUUAUUUCCAGCAAGAGUUCCCCAGUCUGCCGGCAGCUGGGGAUCAAGAAAAGUCAGGCAAAGAGAAAGAUGCACCUGAAGAGCUCCAUGGAUCAGGACCCAACUUGCGACCACAAAAUGCUACUGUUUGGAGAGAAGGUGGUAAUAAGGGCAACUCGCCCAGUUCUCCAACCGAUCAAGAAGCUAAGGCUCUUGGACAAGAAGAUGGUAAUGCUACACCAGCAGAACAAAAUGAUGGCCAGAAGGCAGCAGAGAAGAGGGAUGUGCGAUUACCACAGGUCCCUCAGCCCAAGCUGAAUGGCCAGCAGCAACCACCUAUCUCGUCUCAGUACAGAGCAAUGAUGCCACCUUAUAUGUUUAAUCAGUAUCCUAGAAUGGCAUAUCCUCCUUCCAUGCAAGGUCCAACAAGGUUUCCCAAUUCUGAGCCUAGCAGAGGGCCAAGGGGAAGAGGACCACCUUCAUGGUGUUCAGAACCUAUUGAGCGCCCAUCUAUUCUUAGUGCUAGUGAACUUAAAGAACUUGAUAAAUUUGAUAAUCUAGAUGCUGAGGCUGAUGAAGGCUGGGCAGGUGCUCAGAGUGAAGUGGAUUACACUGAGCAGCUCAACUUCAGUGAUGAUGAUGAGCAAGGAAGUAGUCAAAAAGAGAAGGAAAGUGGUGAUGAACAAACACCAUCAAAAGAUUCCCAGAGUCCUGAUGGCCAGAAGGAAGCAGAAGAACAGACGAGUGCUAAGUCUGCCACCCAGGUUUCCACAGCAGCAACCAAAGGGUCUUACGGCAAAAGCUCUCAGCUUGAUCAGGAUCGGGGUCCAGCACAGCCUUCUAUACAUGAAAGAGGUGGUCCUGCUCUUCAUCCAAAAUCUAUUCUACCACCGCACCCUCCUCCCCCUGAUCGCCAGGUUGGACCUGGAAGGCAGGGACCCUUUCCCCCUAAACCAGUACCAGAUGAAGAUGAAAUUUGGAAACAGAGGAGAAGACAGCAGUCAGAGAUAUCCGCCGCAGUUGAGCGAGCCCGUAAGCGGCGAGAAGAGGAAGAAAGAAGAAUGGAAGAACAGCGAAAAGCAGCUUGUGCCGAAAAGCUAAAACGGUUAAAUGAGAAAUUUGGCUGUGUGACAAAACCCUCCCGGGAAGACCCUCUGAAAGAGAGGGAGAGGGAAAGGGAGAGAGAGAGGGAGCGGGAGAGGGAAAGGGAGAGAGAAAGGGAGCGGGAGAGGGAAAAGGAGAGGGAAAAGGAGAGGGAGCGGGAGAGAGAACGAGAAAGAGAAAAAGAGAGGGAGAGGGAGAAGGAAAAGGAAAAAGAGAGGGAAAGGGAGAAGGAAAAAGAAGAAAAAGAAAAACUGGAGAAGGCAAAAGAGCAAGAAAGGGAGAAAGAGAAAGAAAAGGAGUUGGAGAAAGAAGAGAAGGAGAAUGAGAAAGAGAAAGAAGAAGAGAAACCAGCACAUGAGGUGCCUGAGCCUGUAGAACCUGUGGCAACACCUGUAGUAGAAAAACAAGAAAGUGAAACCAGGAAUAACAAAGAAGAAAAAGCAGUCUUUACCCGACAAGAUAGUAGUCGGAAUGAGAAAGAGAUUUCACAGGUGACUCAUGAGAGUGAGCCAGACUCAGGAUCUCAGCCUCGUCCUGCUGUUUCCUCGGGCUAUUCUAAACAGUUCCAGAAAUCAUUACCACCAAGAUUUCAGAGGCAGCAGGAGCAAAUGAAACAGCAGCAGUGGCAACAACAACAGCAAGGUGUCCUUCCACAGUCUGCUCCCUCACAGCCUUCUAGUGGCCCUGUCCCGCCUCCCCAGCAUAGACCCCUUUACCAGCCCAUGCAACCACAUCCUCAGCAUUUAGCUUCAAUGGGCUUUGAUCCACGGUGGCUUAUGAUGCAGUCUUACAUGGACCCACGAAUGAUGUCAGGAAGACCUGCAAUGGAUAUGCCUCCUAUUCAUCCAGGAAUUAUGCCUCCCAAACCACUGAUGAGAAGAGACCAGAUAGAGGGAUCAGCAACUAGUUCAGAUUCAUUUGAACAUAUAGCUCGCUCAGCAAGAGAGCACACUGUUCCUUUGUCAGAGCCCCGCAUGAUGUGGGGGUCAGACCCAUACCCCCAUGCAGAACCUCAGCAAUCUAGUUCUCCUUCCAAAGCGUUAGAAGAGCCUGAUGAUUUGAGGUCUGAGGCACACUUGGAGCAAGAACGAGUUGCUGUCCCUGCCACUGCUUAUCCUGUAGAACACAACCAGUUGGACUCUCAUCCAAAGACAGACUUUUUCAGAGAAUCAGGAGAGGUGGAGGUACAAAAGUUCCCAAGCAGGCCUUUGGAAGACGUACAACCUCUCCAAACUGACACACCUAACACAGCAGUUAAUUUUGAAGGAGUGAAUGAGAAAGUUACACAUAGCUCUCCGGAAGAAUUGAUGCCUGUGGGGGAAAGUCACUCUUCGCUAAAGAGAAGCAUUUCCCAUGGUUCAAGUCACUCUCUGAAGUCAGAAGACCAGAGGAAUGAGACAGCAACAAAUAUCCCUAAAUUAAAUAACAGGCCUGUUGAGACAAAGGAGGCAAUUGAGAGACUUGAGAUUAAGCCAAAAAAAGAAAUUUUGAUCAAUAAUAGAACAUCAGAAGGACCAAAACCUGAAAAAACUUUCAAACCUAAGUCUGAAACAAGAUGGGGUCCUAGGCCAGGUUAUGGCAGGAGAGAUGAAGGCGGUGAUAGACCAGUAAGAAGAUCGGGUCCUAUUAAAAAACCUGUGCUUUUUUAACAGAGAGAAGAGCGUGAGCAGAGGAAGGAGAAAGAAGGAGAAAAGACAGCUAGUGAAAAACCUGGCAAGUCUGAAAAAAGUGACAAAAAGGAAGCACCUCAGGUGCCACUGCCUCAGGCUGAGCCAGAGACAUCCGCCUCCACUCCGGUUCAGCCACCCACACCUCCAGUCCAGCAGCAGCUACCAGCUGCCCAGCCUGCUGCUCCACAGCUUCCCCCUGCAGUACAGCAGCAGCCGCCUGCUCAACCAGCAGCACAGCAGCAGCCACACGUUCAGCAGCCAGCUUCUGCAGUGAAGGAAGAAAAGCAGACUGAGAAGGUAGCUAGCAAGGAGGUUGUAGAGAAACCACGCUUAGAAACCAGACCAGUAAAAAGAGAGCCUGGCUUACCACCUAGGACAUACUGGAAAGAGGCUAGGGAUAGAGACUGGUUCCCAGAUCAGGGAUACAGAGGCAGAGGUCGUGGGGAGUAUUAUUCUAGAGGUCGUAGCUACAGGGGUUCUUACGGAGGACGUGGUCGGGGCAGUAGAGGCCAUAAUAGAGAGUACCCACACUACAGAGAUCCUAAGCCUAGAUCAGACCAUGUGCCUUCAGGGCCGGUUAGGCAAAGAGAAGAGAGUGAAACUCGUAGCGAGAGUUCUGACUUUGAAGUAAUCCCAAAACGGCGGCGACAGCAUGGUUCAGAGACAGAUUCUGACAGCGAAGUUCACGAAAGUGCAAGUGACACACUGCUUUCGGACAAAGACAGCCUAAUCAAAGGCAAGCACCCAAAAAGAGAAGAGAGAGCUGAUGGCAAGAAGCCUCCAAAGCCCCUGUCGUUCAAACCUGAAAACAGUAUCAGAGUAGACAACAGAUCCCUAGAAAAAACAUAUAUAAGAGAUGAUGAGAACAAACCCAAACCAGGAUUUCUUCCUAAAGGAGAGCCUUCUAGACGAGGCAGAGGGGGAAUGUAUAGACGUGGUGGCAGGGAUCCUGGUGGGCGUCCUCCACGUCCGUCUACAAUAAGGAGACCAGCCUACAGAGACAAUCAGUGGAACCCUAGGCAAACAGACAUCAUUAAACCAGAAGAUGGGGAGCCUCCAAGAAGAAAUGAACAUUAUGGUCCUAUAUCAGUUGAUAAAAGACCUCCAAAAUUUGAGAGAAAGUUUGAUCCAAAUAGAGAGAGGCCACGAAGACAAAGGCCUGCUCGACCUCCAAGGCAAGAUAAGCCACCACGCUUUAGGCGCCUAAAAGAAAGAGAGGCCGCAUCAAAGAUAAAUGAGGCGGUAACCAACUCAUCAACAAGUGCCACAGUUAGUAAUGCAGUUAGUGAGCCCUCCAACACUGCUCUGGAUGUGUCAGGAAGUAAGACACCAGACUUGUCCAACCAGAAUUCUUCAGACCAGGCGAAUGAAGAGUGGGAAACAGCCUCAGAAAGCAGCGACUUCAACGAGAGGCGGGAGAGGGAUGAGAAGAAAACAGCAGAUAUAGCAGCACAGGUGGCUGCAAAGGCAGGAGAAAACGCUGGAGCUCCAAAAAGGGAAAUAGCCAAGAGAAGUUUCUCUAGUCAGCGGCCUGGAAUAGACCGUCAAAACCGACGUGGCAACAAUGGGCCAGCUAAACCGGGGAGGAACUUCUCAGGGCCUAGGAGUGAAAGGCGAAGUGGUCCUCCACCUAGAAGUGGAAAAAGAGGGCCAUUUGAAGAGCAGACAGCAACUGUGCCUAGUGUUGAUCCCGCCAACAGCAACUCUUUACAUCAGGAGGAUGGAGGUGUUACUGCUGCAGGACAAAAGAGCACCAAGGAUGCAGGUGGCAAAAAGAGAGAAGAACCUAAGGCUGGUGCAAAGAAGCCUAAGGAAAAAGUGGAUGCCUUGUCUCAAUUUGAUCUUAAUAAUUACGCAAGUGUUGUGAUCAUUGAUGAUCACCCUGAAGUGACAGUAGUUGAAGACUCCCAAUCUAACUUGAAUGAUGAUGGUUUCACAGAAGUGGUGUCUAAGAAGCAACAAAAACGCUUGCAAGACGAAGAGCGCAGAAAGAAGGAAGAACAAACAGUGCAGGUUUGGACCAAAAAAGGAUCAAGCGAAAAAGGCCGAGGUCAGAAUUCCAAGCUCCCACCCAGAUUUGCCAAAAAGCAGCAGCAACAGGCAGCAGCCGCAGCUGCGCAGCAGGCACAAGCUCAGGCACAAGCUCAGGCACAGCCUCCGUGUACAACGCAGACUCCAGGUCAACCACAGGCUUCUGUUCAGCCGCAAAACCAGGCUGCAGGAGGGACAGCCAGCACAGAAUAUACAGUGUCAGGCAAAGUUCUGCAGAACACCCAGGCUCACAAUGGUCUAGGAACUGAAUUAUGGGAAAACAAGGUGCCUCCUACAGCAGUUCUAAAUGACAUCUCCAAAAAAUUGGGACCCAUUAGCCCACCUCAGCCACCUUCAGUCAGUGCUUGGAACAAGCCUUUGACAUCUUUUGGUUCAGCUACAUCUCCAGAGGGGACAAAGCCUGGGCAAGAAGGUGGAGUCGAUCUUGGUAUAGAAACUAUUCAGUUUGGAGCCCCAGCUUCCAGUGGCAGUGACAAUGAAGUUGGCCCUGUGCUUUCUGAGAAGUCCACUGACAAGCUACCAGAACCGAAAGAGCAAAGACAGAAACAGCCUCGGGCUGGACCCAUCAAAGCACAAAAGCUUCCAGACUUGAGUCCGGUAGAAAACAAAGAGUAUAAACCUGGUCCUAUUGGGAAAGAGCGUUCUUUAAAGAACAGGAAGGUGAAGGAUGCCCAACAGGGAGAGCCUGAGGGACAGGAGAAGCCAUCUCCCACCUCUGUCAGAAGUCCAGAACCUGUCACUACAAAGGAAACCAAAGCAGCAAGUGAACUGAGCACGGAAAUAGGAACAAUGAUAUCUGUGUCUGCUCCGGAGUUUGGAACAAACACAAAGGAGUCUGUAACAGACUACACUACACCUUCUUCUCAUCCUAACACAGUGGCUACUAGCAGUACAAAAAUGGAGGAGACUUUGGUGACGAACGUGCCCCUGCCCCACACCCUUCCCCUCCCUAGGAGGGAGACUCUACAACAGAGCUCCAGCCUAACUCCAGUUUCUCCCGCUACCGUCGACCUCACCCUCAAGAUGGAGUCUGCACGCAAAGCAUGGGAGAAUUCCCCAAACAUGGGGGAGAAGAGUUCGCCAGUGACCUCAGCAGCAUCUCCCAUUGCUGGUGGCAGUAGCAGCAGCAGCAGCAACACUGGGCCAAGCAGUGGUACUUACAGCUCUUUCUCUAGUGCAUCAAUGCCUCCUAUUCCUGUGGCCUCGGUUACACCAACAACUUCACUAUCAGGAGCUGGAACAUACACAACCUCUUCACUGAGUACGAAGACUGCAAGCACCUCAGACCCUCCUAAUAUAUGUAAAGUGAAACCACAGCAGUUGCAGACAAGCAGCCUAGCUUCUGCCAGUCACUUUUCCCAGCUGAGCUGCAUGCCAUCUCUCAUUGCCCAGCAACAGCAAAGUCCCCAGGUCUAUGUGUCUCAGUCUGCAGCAGCUCAAAUCCCAGCAUUUUAUAUGGAUACAAGUCAUCUAUUCAAUACCCAACAUGCGCGCUUGGCACCACCUUCUCUGGCCCAACAGCAAGGCUUUCAACCAGGGCUUUCUCAGCCUGCUUCAGUUCAGCAGAUCCCCAUCCCCAUCUAUGCACCUCUGCAAGGACAGCAUCAAGCUCAGCUGAGUUUAGGAGCAGCACCAGCUGUUUCACAAGCCCAGGAGCUGUUCAACUCCUCCUUACAACCUUAUAGAUCCCAGCAAGCUUUUAUGCAAAGUGGUUUGUCUCAGCCAUCACCAGUAGUUCUGUCUGGUACGGCCUUACACAACUUCCCAGCAGUACAACACCAGGAGCUUGCUAAGGCACAGUCAAGCCUGGCAUUUCAACAGACUUCUAAUACACAACCUAUUCCUAUCUUAUAUGAACAUCAACUUAGUCAAGCUUCAGGACUGGGAGGCUCUCAGCUUAUUGAUACACACAUUCUCCAGGCCAGAGCUACGCUCACUCAGGCUUCAAAUCUGUACUCUGGGCAAGUUCAACAGCCUGGCCAGAGCAAUUUCUACAACACUGCACAGUCUCCCAGUGCUCUCCAGCAGGUGACGGUACCUUUGCCAGGAUCACAGAUUUCUUUGCCAAACUUUGGAUCCACAGCACAGCCACUUAUUGCCCUACCCCAAUCUUUACAACCACCACUACAGCACACGCCACCACAAGCACAGGCUCAAAAUCUAAGCAGACCUGCACAAGUAACCCAGCCUUUCAGAGGAUUAAUCCCAGCAGGAACUCAACACAGCAUGAUUGCUGCAACUGGAAAGAUAUCGGAAAUGGACCUGAAGGCCUUUGGAGGUGGCAUUGAUGUUAAACCUGGAACACCACCAGUUACUGGUAGAAGUACUACUCCAACCUCCAGUCCCUUCCGGGCCAGUUCUACAAGUCCUAACAAUCAGUCCAAUAAAAUGAACAGCAUUGUCUACCAGAAGCAGUUUCAGUCAGCAGCUGCUGCUGUGAGAAUGACACAGCCGUUUCCUGCACAAUUUGCACCACAGGCAAAGCAGAGAGCAGAGGUACUUCAGUCUACCCAGAGAUUCUUUUCUGAGCAGCAGCAGCAGAGCAAACCCAUAGGAGGCAAAGCGCAGAAAGUGGACGAGAACGGGAGCAAACCCACCGAGGCAAUUGCUGACUCUUCAGGAGUCUGCCAGGACAAAACUGAGGAAAAGCCUACCCCUGCGCCUGCUGCGGCAACAAAACCUGUUAGAACUGGACCAAUCAAACCUCAGGCAAUCAAAACCGAAGAAACAAAAUCUUAGAGGCUGUGUUUCCAUGGAGGUGGGGGAAGAGGGGAGGGUGGGUGAGAUGACAGCAGCAUGAAUUUGUAG